AUGGCAGCUCUAUUCAACACCGACCUUCAUGCCAAGAUCACUCACAGGAGUGGCAAAGUCUACAAUGUCCCGACUGGUCUCUUCAUUGGAAACAAAUACGUGAAAUCCGUAUCAGGCAAAAAGUUUGCUUCUGUCGAUCCUCACGACGGCAAAGUUAUUGUGGAUUUCUUCGAGGCCGACAAGGCCGACUUACUGACUCAUAUCGGUGACGCUUUCCCUACAACAGACGUCGCAGUCAAGGUUGCCCAAGAGGCUUACGAAAAUGUUUGGUGCAAGGUUACACCUUCCGAACGUGCUCGUCUCAUGAACAAACUCGCUGAUCUGAUGGAACGAGACACUGAAGUCCUCGCUGAACUCGAAUCUAUGGACAACGGCAAAACCGUCAAGGAUGCCCGAACUAUUGAUGUUCCCGGAGCAAUUGCCUCCAUCAGAUACUAUGCUGGAUGGGCCGACAAGAUCACCGGCAAAGUCGCAGACAUCAACCCCAACUUGCAAACCUACACUCGUCAUGAAGCUUUGGGAGUUGUCGGACAAAUCAUUCCCUGGAACUUCCCAUUGUUGAUGAUGGCAUGGAAGUACGGUCCCGCCUUGGCUUGCGGAAACUGUUUGGUCAUGAAGACAAGUGAAAAGACUCCAAUGUCUGGGUUAUACUUGACUCAAUUGGUUGUUGAAGCAGGCUUCCCACCUGGUGUCAUCAAUGUCCUUUCAGGAUACGGUGCAACUGCAGGAAACGCCAUUGCUUCCCACAUGGACAUUUCCAAGGUUGCCUUCACCGGCUCUACUGCUGUCGGAAGGAAAAUCAUGGCUGCCGCUGCUGGUAGUAACUUGAAGAAGGUCUCUCUUGAACUCGGAGGCAAAUCUCCAAACAUUGUCUUUGAAGACGCUGAUUUGGACAAGGCUGCUUUCUGGGCCUCUCUCGGUAUCUUCAUGAACCACGGCCAAGUCUGUUGUGCUGGGUCACGUCUCUUUGUCCAAUCAUCCAUCUACGACAAAUUCAUUGAAAAGCUCACUGCCGUUGCUCAAGCUAUCAACGUCGCUGAUCCAUUCGAUGACAAGAGCAAUCACGGUCCUUUGGUCGAUGAAAUCCAAUUCAACCGUGUCAUGAACUACAUUGACAUGGGCAAGAAGGCUGGUGCUAAGGUCGCUUUCGGUGGUAACCGAGUCGGCACUGAAGGUUACUACGUCGCUCCUACCUUGUUGACUGACGUUACAGACGACACCGUCACAACCAAGGACGAAAUCUUUGGCCCCGUCUUGUCUGCUCUCAAAUUCGACACCAUCGAAGAAGUCAUCAAGAGGGCCAACAACACCUCGUUUGGUUUGGCUGCUGCUGUCCACACCAAGUCCUUGAACACUGCCAUGCGUGUCAGUAACGCUCUCAAGGCUGGAACUGUCUGGGUUAACUGCUACAACAUGCUUACACCUCAACAACCAUUCGGUGGAUACAAGGAAUCCGGAAUUGGCCGAGAACUCGGUGAAUACGGUCUUAUGGAAUACUACCAAAUCAAAUCCGUCUGCAUCAUGCUCGACUAA